UUAAUCUUACACUUGCGGACGUGCGCUGCGGUUGAAUGCCGGAUGUGCGGCUCGCUAAGUUAGAAUCACGAGAAGCCGAUCAUUUUCGCACUUCAAGCAGUCGUCUGUGCAUCAUCGUCGAAAGUGCACAAAUUCGUAAACCGCUUGAAUCGUCAAUCGUGCCUACCGUCCCGCGCCGGUGCAAUCAAGUUCGAAGAGCUUAGACGAGCGACGUCAGGAGAAUCAGCGGAAAUCAGUUGACGCGUGACAAGGAGAUAAUAGCGGCGUUAUCGCUCACUUGGAUCGGCAUAAUUCGUGGAAUCCCCGGAUUCGCUAAUCACGUUGCCAUAGUCGCUCGUAGCGCGUCGCGAGAUAUAAUAAAUAGACGUUGAGAAAGAGAUUCAAUAAUUACUAAUUUUCCUGAAUUACCGGUCAUUAUGUCUCCUCGCGAUCUCGUUUCUCGAAUUCUGCUACUCUCGAUCGUUCGUUUCUCAUUGACGUCGGUCAUCCAGCCGCAGAGUUGGCUCAUUGUGCGAAUCUCGCCGGAACAAGCGACGAGCAACGCGGAGAACGGUCAACCAGAGUCGAAAAUGCCGCAAAUCGAGAUUCAAAUGAUGAAGGGUCACGUCUCGCCGGAUGAGAAGUGGACGGUCGCCAAUGAAUACAAACACUUGGACAAAGAUUAUCACGCGGCGAAGAAGACAUCGACGACAAACGAGAAGAAAGCCUUCCGAAUUGAAAAUGACGACACGAAAGUGAGAAAAAAGGAGAAAUUGUAUGAUAUUCCGCAUGAUACCGUCAUGCCUGAUUGGUUUGUUCAGCCGAUUGGAUCCAGGAAUAUUAUUGCAGCGCCGCAACGCUGCCCGCCGGGACAAAGGGAAGAUAGUAUAGGAAAAUGUAGAAUGGAGAUACCAUAAUACAAAAGAAAUGGACAAGAGAUAAAGAAGACAAGGAAUGAAAAAGGAAAACGCUUAAAUAAUUAGAGCUCUCCAGUUAUCGAUAUUUAUCUUAUAUAAACUUGUAAAGUAUUAAGAAUAUGCAAAGCUGUUUUGCUUUCAUGAAUAAAUCUCUGCAUUAAAUAUAUACACUUCUUACGCGACUAUAUUUACCAUUCGAAUUGAUCUAAUUGACAUCAAUCUUUCAUAGAUCAGUUAAUAUUUCAUAGAUCAGUUAAAGUUAUAAAGUUGUCAAGGAGUUAUAAGUUAAUUUUCUGAUAAUUAUCAAAAUUUAACGUGCAAUAUUCAGUUUUUAUACGAGAUAAAUUCUGUAAUAUAUGUUCAAUAAAAACUAUCGAUACUUUUGAAAUUUAUAAAUAUUACGUAUUUCAAAACGCGAGCACCGAAUUGUGAGACAUAUAAAAUUUAUACGUGCACAAAUAUUUUUGCUGAAUAGUGAAAGAAUAGAAUAGCUUAAGGAUGUAUUGGACAGUCCCAACACAGUAAACAAAAUUUGGAAAUGUGUUGAUAUUCAUAUUUCAAAUGAAUUAUAUAUACA